UCCUACUUGCAGCCACGCAUGGCAAACCCGAGAAGCAGCCAAGAAGGUUUUAGGGCGUGGAAAUGAAGUGGGAGAGCGAUCCGGAGGAUUUCUCGCCGUCGGCAACCAUUGUGCCAUUCGAUCCGCCACUCCCGCUUCUGAGAGCGCCCAUGAAAGCCGGGCUGGGUGAUCGGCCCUCGGCUGGAUCCUUCGUACUUGCCUUCAAGGAUGCCGCGAGCUGGAGAUCUGCAUUUCGGGCCACGGAGUCCAAGAUUCUAGAGCAGUGCGAGGCUGGAGCUCGUGCUGGGUGUUCUAUCAGCGUCUCCAACAAGUGCAAGCCCCCCUGGUGGAAAUUCAUAUUUGGUACCAAAACAAUGGAUUUUGCUGAGAGGGAGCGAUGUGAGGAGCGUGAGAUGUCUUCUUGCAUGGCAUUAGCUAAGGAUGCAUGCACCAGUUUUGCAAGGGAAAAAUGCAUACCUGCAUUUCGGGAAGCAAGAGUUGCUACUGGAAGCACAUCAGAAGUUGGAUUUGCUGCACUUGAGCCAGUCACAGCAGAUGAGGCAAUCGACUACAAAGGUACUAAGGCUAAUUGAAACCAUUUUUAUUGAGUAAGCUGUUUCUGUUGCUUGCAAUUUUUGGUUUGUUUUCUAACGUUUUUAAUGUACCUAAUGAGGUUUAGGUUUUUUUGUAUGAAGACAAUUUAAAAUUUCAUUUACAUUUCAUUUUGGGUAAAUAUUUCAUUGCGUCCUGGUAUGAAAGUUGUGAUUGUGGCAUGUGCGAAAAUGGAAAUAAGGUGAGGAAAUGGGAAAACAAUCAGUGGGGGUAAGCAUGUAAUUUUUCUUGGGAAAAUGCACGGGACCUCUUUUUUUAGUUCAAUCUUUUAUCAUAAUUCACAACAGGCUCUACGAACCGCAGAUGUUAACUUUAUAGUUUCUCUUGAAAAAAGAAAAAAUAAUGGGGGCAUCUACAUACAUACUUCCCAAUUUAUAUGUAUUUAUA